GCGCGCACGCUGAGGGGGAGCAUCUGCCUGGUCGCCCGCCCGCGCGCUCGCAGGGAGGACGCCGCCUCCCUCUCGCCAGACAACAGACGAACCAAAAGAAAAGCAAGAAGAAGCUGAAUAAGAAGAAACUGAGCGAAAAUGAAGAAGAGCGACCACGCAGGACCGAUGCAGGGGCCCCGGGACCCGGCCCAUUCGGGCGCGCCACCACAGCCGGACAAGUUUGGUUGGCUGAGGAAGUUCUGCGGCCGCGGGAUCUUCAGGGAGCUUUGGAGGAACCGCUACGUGGUUCUCAGGGGAGAACACUUGUUCAUAUCGGACAAGGAGGUGAGGGACGAGCGCAAGUCAGCGGAAGUUUUGGACUUGGGCGACUACGAGCGCUCCGAAGAGUUGAGGCGGGCCAAAAGCCGUAGCAAGAAGAACCACAGCCGCUUCGCCCUCAUACGAUGCCGACGGCCCGGCAACAAGGUUCCCAACCUUCUCUUCCUGGCCGUCAGUCCCGAGGAAAAAGAAUCGUGGGUCAAUGCUCUCAACGUCGCCAUCGUCAAGGCCAAAAACAAAGUUUUGGACCAGGUGACCAUGGAGCAGGACGUGUUAGUGCAUCCCACCAGAGACCGAGCCAAGAUUCCCCACGGACGCCGUCUUCCCACCCGGGGACACCUCAUGACCGUGGCUUCCUCGUCCUGUCACGGCUCGCUGACCCUCGACUUGGUGGCCGAGGAGGAAGGCGGCUUCUCAGAAUGUGACGGCGCCUCCUGGGAGAACGUGUCCGGCGCGGGCUUCUCCGGAGAGGGGGCGGCCGCCGGAGGUGGCGGACGUCAGCGCUCGGGGACAGAUGUGUCCAAACUACGCGUUCGAACGGAGGAACCCAAAAUGAAGACGGGAAGUUUGCCCAGAGGAAGCGAACGUUCCUGGGGAAAACACUCCCAUCUGGAAACUUCCAAGGUGCACAAGAGCCAGCAGGUCCUUCAGAACCAAUCCAGAACCCCUCAGCCUGGGAAGAGAAGCGGAAUUGCGGGGCGGAGUCGCUGCGCAUCCAUGGAUGAAGUUCUCUCCUCCAGACCGGCGAUGAUUCGCUCUGAGUUGCGUUGGGCUCUCGGUCGACACCCUGCCGGAGAAGAGGGUGGGGCAUCGGUGCAGCCCGUGGGCCAGCUGCAGAGUCUCAUUGCGCAGAAGAUGCAACGAGCACAGGAAUUGUUGGAGGAAAUCCGUCUGCAGGAGCUGCAGAGAGCCAAGGCGGAGCAAGAGUUUGGCAAAGGGGUGGAGUCGCCUCGCCUUCGUCACCUGAGGGCUGGAGACUCACCUCAUUCCAGGGCGUCUCCAUCUCCACGCAGCCGUAGCGGUGAUUCUCCUGGUCAACGGCGUAGGGACUCGCCCCGGUCGAGAGCUCGUGACUCGCCGCGCUCCAAAGGCCGCAAGAAUCGCCGCUCCCGGGAUGUCGAUUCCCCCCGAUCCCGAGGCUCUCCGUCUCCUGCCCGUCUCGGCGACUCACCGCUCAACAAAACUUGUGAGCCCUCCUCGGAGGUGUCCCGUCUUCCGGCCUCCCUGCAGGACGCCCUUGGACCGGACGGUGGCACCGCCGAUUUGCCGCCGUGCCUCCACGGCGGUGACGACUCAUCCUGUGCCGGUCAGAACAAAUCCAAGAGCCUGUCAGAAUCCUUGGACGCCUGUCAGAACAAAACGCCCCCAAAACCGAAGCAGGAUGAGGAAGAGCUCCAGAAGAGGCAUGCCGAGGCAGAGCGCCUCCUCAUGGAGGCCAUGUGUUCCUGGCAGGAGGCGCAGGAAGUGCUGCAGGAGGUGAAGGAACUGCAGAGCCACACGCUGCGUCGCCAACGCAGAAGGACCUACGAGAAGAUGACGCCAAGCACGGCCACCUCGCCACAGGCUGAGGGCGAAGUCAAGGUGGCGACGUCACCCGAAGAUGAAUCGGAGUCGCCUUGAUCCAAAUGUUUCCUUUGCAGGAAUUUUUCACUCUUUGUCCACCUUGCAGGUCAGCCCCCCCCCCCUCGUGAAUCUACCAUGUGACUCAGGUCGAUUCCAUGUGACUCAAUUUGAUUGCAUGUUUCUCCAUGUUCCUCCGUUUGAUGCCAUCUGACUCCACGUGAUUUUCUUUUGAUUCUGUGACUCCAUUGGAUGCCAUCAGAGUCAUUGGACUCGACACCAGCACACUCCGGGUGACUUUGCGUUCUUCCAUCUGUCUCCACAAGGCGGCAACAAUGAGUCAUCCCGACUCCCCUUCUCAGGAAAGUUCCAUUUUGGAGGGCACCUGUGCUCUUUCUUUUUAAACCAGCAGAAGAAAGCGACAAUGCGUCAACUGUGAUAACUUGCUGCCGCUGCACUUUUCAACUGAUGACUUGGCUCUUCUGGUGAUGAUGUCAUUAGCAAUAAUGUCCAGUGAUGAUGUCAUCCCAAACUUUCAAACUUGAACUUUUCGUUUUGAGUCGUUUUUUUGAGAUUUUUUUUUUCAUGUUUCUGCUUGUCACGAGAAGCACAACUGCGCGCACACAGCGUUUCGCUGCUUGACUAUUAUGGGCUGUCAGAAAAAACGCUGCCCGCACUAACUUGCACUGACACAAUUUCAGAAAGAAAGUGGGACAAAAAACAGCUGUUCACAGGCACACACACGCACACACACACACACACACGCACACAUCUCCUCAUAUUUGAAUUCCUGUUGGAAGCGCACGUGAAAUAAAAAGUCUUGAAAACCAAA